CAUGGAAGUCUCAAAGAUGUUGCUAUCAAAUUCAUCUCCACCGUCCGCCUCAUUGUCAUCACCACUACACAAGCGAAAAUCAAGGUCGCACGCCCCACUCAAGGUACUAAGCAUGGUAAAGGAGACCAGUGAAAGCGGCAACGCAGUUCUAGAAAAAGCAGCAAUCGGCGCUGGAUUAAUCUCAACCCCAGUGAUCGGCUGGUCUCUUUACACUCUCAAGACCACCGGCUGCGGCCUGCCCCCCGGACCAGGCGGCUCAAUUGGCGCUCUGGAGGGAGUCAGCUACCUGGUGGUUGUGGGAAUUGUGGGUUGGUCCUUGUACACCAAAGCCAAAACUGGCUCUGGUCUCCCCAAUGGCCCUUUCGGCUUGCUGGGAGCCGUCGAGGGUUUGUCGUACUUAGCGUUGCUUGCCAUUCUGGUUGUGUUUGGUUUACAAUUUCUCGAGCAGGGCUCCAUCCCUGGACCUCUCCCAACUGACCGGUGCUUUGGUUGAGAUUCUGUAAUAUCAGCCAUUGCAAUUCUAUCUUCUGUAAUAAAGCUUUAGUUGAUUCAUUGAAUGUGAUAAAUUUUUAUAUUUUUACCGUA